CUUAAGUUAGGAAGAUUAUGGAUCAAUUUCAAGCAGCUUUUCUCCAACUUGUUGAGCAACAACGAAAAUUUAUGGAAGAAAUGACCAAACUUGCACAACCAAAGAGCAAUACUGAACUUAUAAUUGAAUCCUUAGCUAGUAACAUAGUGGAAUUUGUCUAUGACCCCGAUUCUGGUAUUACAUUUGAAACUUGGUUCAGUAGAUAUGAGGAUUUAUUUUCUGAAGAUGCUAAAGUCCUAACAGACUCUGAAAAAGUUAGACUACUACUUAGAAAGUUAAAUACUUUGGCACAUAGUCGGUAUGUCAACUUCAUUUUACCUAAACAGCCAAAAGAAUUUAAUUUUAUAGAAACAAUUAAUAAAUUGAAAACAAUUUUUGGACGAACUAUGUCACUUUUCCAUCUGAGAUUUAAAUGUCUUCAAUUAACAAAAAAUCCAUUUGAUGAUUUUGUUACAUAUGCCGGAAUUGUCAACAAAUAUUGUGAAAAUUUCAAUCUAAAAGCACUUGACGAAAAUCAAUUUAAAUGUCUUAUUUUUGUUUCUGGUCUACAAUCAUCACUUGAUGCAGAUAUUCGUACAAUCUUACUUGCUGAAUUGAAUGAUCCAAACAAAUCAAUAAAUUUGGAAGAGAUAGUUUCCAAAUGUCAACAAAAACUCAAUUUAAAACAAGAUACUGCUAUGAUUGAGAAUAAAACACAUUCGAUUGAAACAUCCACAGUCAAUGCAGUUUUAAACACAUCCAAAUCUUUUACACAAAAGUUCCCAAGACAAGACAAGCAAGUAAAUAAUCAAGAGUGUAUGUCCCCAGAAGGUGGUUUAAAAAUAUACGACGUAGCGUUAUAG